AUGUGCACGUCCUACAUAUAUUUUACAAUUGACUUUACAGGUCAUUUCACAUCUGAGGAUGACCUGAAUCUUCUGAUCGCAAAGAACACACGACUGGAGAUUUAUGUGGUCACACCAGAGGGGCUGCGACCUGUGAAAGAGGUUGGGAUGUAUGGCAAGAUUGCAGUCAUGGAGCUUUUCAGACCCAAGGGAGAAAGUAAGGACCUACUCUUUAUACUGACAGCCAAGUACAAUGCCUGUAUCCUUGAAUAUAAACAAACUGGAGACAGUAUUGACAUCAUUACCCGAGCACACGGCAAUGUUCAGGAUCGCAUCGGCCGGCCAUCUGAAACAGGGAUCAUUGGCAUAAUUGACCCUGAUUGCCGAAUGAUUGGUCUGCGCCUUUAUGAUGGUUUAUUUAAAGUGAUCCCUUUGGAGAGGGAUAAUAAGGAGUUAAAGGCUUUCAACAUCCGAUUGGAAGAGCUUCAUGUUAUUGAUGUCAAGUUUCUCUAUAGCUGUCAAGCUCCCACCAUCUGCUUUGUGUACCAAGACCCACAGGGCCGUCACGUCAAGACUUAUGAGGUCUCCCUCAGGGAAAAGGAGUUUAGCAAAGGUCCCUGGAAGCAGGAGAAUGUUGAAGCUGAGGCAUCUAUGGUGAUUGCAGUUCCAGAGCCUUUUGGAGGUGCCAUUAUUAUUGGACAAGAAUCCAUAACUUACCAUAAUGGAGAAAAAUAUUUGGCAAUAGCACCCCCAAUUAUUAAGCAAAGCACAAUUGUAUGCCAUAAUCGUGUUGAUGUCAACGGGUCAAGAUAUCUUCUUGGCGAUAUGGAAGGUCGUCUUUUCAUGUUGCUGCUAGAGAAGGAGGAGCAGAUGGAUGGAAGUGUCACUUUAAAGGACCUAAGAGUGGAGCUUCUUGGAGAGACCUCCAUCGCUGAAUGUCUCACUUACCUGGAUAAUGGAGUAGUGUUUGUGGGUUCUCGGCUUGGAGACUCCCAGCUAGUUAAGCUAACUGCAGACAGUAAUGAGCAGGGCUCUUAUGUUGUGGCAAUGGAGACUUUCACUAACCUUGGCCCAAUUGUGGACAUGUGUGUAGUGGAUCUUGAAAGACAGGGACAAGGACAGCUUGUAACUUGCUCUGGAGCUUUCAAGGAAGGUUCGCUACGAAUCAUCAGAAAUGGUAUUGGCAUUCAUGAGCAUGCCAGCAUCGACUUGCCAGGGAUCAAAGGUCUGUGGCCUCUCAGAGUUGCGCCAAUCGUGAAACAGAUGACACAUUGGUUCUUUUCUUUUGUUGGACAGACCAGAGUUUUGACCUUGUCUGGAGAAGAGGUGGAAGAGACAGAUCUUGCUGGUUUUGUUGACGAUCAGCAAACCUUUUUUUGUGGCAAUGUGGCACAUCAGCAGCUCAUUCAGAUAACAUCAGCAUCAGUACGUCUGGUGUCUCAAGACCCCCAAAGCUUAGUUAGUGAGUGGAAAGAGCCCCAGGGUCGUAAAGUCAGUGUCUGUUCCUGCAAUAGCCGACAAGUUCUACUUGCUGUGGGAAGAGUCCUUUACUAUCUAGAAAUCCACCCUGGAGAGCUUAGACAGAUGAGCUGUACUGAAAUGGAACAUGAAGUUGCCUGUUUAGAUGUGACCCCACUGAAUGGUAAUGACACACUGUCCUCACUUUGUGCUAUUGGCCUCUGGACUGACAUCUCUGCCCGAAUCCUAAGUCUGCCAGAUUUUCAGUUGCUGCACAAGGAGAUGCUGGGGGGUGAGAUUAUUCCAAGGUCAAUUCUUAUGACUUCAUUUGAGAACAGUCACUACUUGCUGUGUGCACUGGGUGAUGGUGCUCUGUUCUAUUUCAGCCUCAACACAGAGUCAGGUCUUUUGAGCGACAGAAAAAAGGUCACAUUGGGAACACAGCCCACAGUGUUAAGGACAUUCCGUUCUCUGUCCACAACAAAUGUGUUUGCUUGUUCUGAUCGGCCGACUGUCAUCUACAGCAGCAACCAUAAACUUGUUUUCUCCAAUGUUAACCUGAAGGAAGUCAACUAUAUGUGCCCCUUAAACUCUGAGGGCUAUCCUGAUAGUUUGGCCCUAGCUAAUAAUAGCACUCUGACCAUUGGAACCAUUGAUGAAAUCCAGAAACUGCACAUCAGAACUGUGCCACUCUAUGAAUCUCCCAGGAAAAUUUGCUAUCAGGAGGUGUCUCAGUGUUUUGGCGUUUUGUCCAGUAGAACAGAGGUUCAGGAUGCUAGUGGCGGCAGCUCUCCUCUACGGCCAAGCGCAAGCACUCAGGCACUGUCUUCCAGUGUGAGCAGCAGUAAGCUCUUUUCAGGAAGCACCUCUCCCCAUGAAACCUCAUUUGGAGAAGAAAUUGAAGUUCACAAUCUACUUAUCAUAGACCAGCACACUUUUGAAGUCCUGCACACUCACCAGUUUCUGCAGAAUGAAUACGCCCUUAGCUUGGUGUCCUGUAAGCUGGGGAAGGAUCCAAGCACUUACUUUAUAGUGGGAACAGCCAUGGUAUAUCCAGAUGAGGCAGAACCAAAGCAAGGGAGGAUUGUGGUUUUCCAAUACAGCGAUGGGAAGCUGCAGACUGUUGCCGAGAAAGAAGUGAAAGGAGCUGUGUACUCGAUGGUGGAGUUUAACGGGAAGCUGCUGGCCAGUAUCAAUAGCACGGUUCGCCUGUAUGAGUGGACAGCAGAAAAAGAGCUGCGUACAGAAUGUAACCACUACAACAAUAUCAUGGCUUUGUAUCUAAAAACCAAGGGUGAUUUUAUCCUGGUGGGAGACUUGAUGCGUUCUGUGUUGUUGUUAGCUUACAAGCCGAUGGAAGGAAACUUUGAAGAGAUUGCACGGGAUUUUAAUCCGAACUGGAUGAGCGCAGUGGAGAUCCUUGAUGAUGAUAACUUCCUAGGAGCAGAGAACGCCUUUAAUUUAUUUGUAUGCCAGAAAGACAGUGCUGCCACAACAGAUGAAGAACGACAACAUCUGCAGGAAGUUGGACUUUUUCAUCUGGGAGAGUUUGUCAAUGUCUUUUGUCAUGGUUCACUGGUGAUGCAGAAUCUUGGAGAGACGACGUCUCCACCAACACAGGGUUCUGUACUUUUUGGAACUGUCAAUGGAAUGAUCGGUCUCGUGACAUCGGUAUCUGAAAGCUGGUACAAUCUUCUGCUUGAUGUUCAAAAUAGGCUCAACAAAGUCAUUAAGAGCGUAGGCAAAAUAGAACACUCAUUCUGGAGAUCAUUCCACACAGAAAGGAAAACUGAAGCUGCAACAGGAUUUAUAGAUGGAGAUCUGAUUGAGAGCUUCCUGGACAUCAGUAGGUCAAAGAUGCAGGAAGUAGUAGCAAAUUUACAGAUCGAUGAUGGCAGCGGUAUGAAGAGAGAGACAACUGUUGACGACUUGAUCAAAAUAGUGGAAGAGCUAACCAGGAUUCACUGA